GUGAUGAGGGAGGUGUGUGUUAACGGGACUGCAGAUCUGGAUGGGGCAAGAUCUGGAUCCCCCGUGUACAAAACCGAACUGGAAAAGAGGACUGUGUGUGACAGACCAAGUUCAGAUGGAGAAGCAGCCCAUGAGAACGGACAAAGCGACAGCAAAGACCUGGGAAAAGCAAAGAAAACCUCAAAGUCUGAGCAGAAAACCGGGACCGUGGGGAAGGGAGCUGGCAAGAAGAUCACCAAGAUCAUUGGUUUAGGGAAGAAGAAGCCGUCCACGGAUGAGCAGACUUCAUCUGCAGAGGAAGACGUGCCCACCUGUGGUUACCUGAACGUGCUGUCCAAUAACCGCUGGCGGGAGCGCUGGUGCCGCCUGAAAGACAACCAACUGCUCCUCCACAAGGAUAGAGAUGACCUAAAGAGCCAUGUUGCCUCUCUGCCCCUUAGAGGCUGCGAGGUCAAUCCCGGCCUGAACCAUAAACACCCAUUUGCCUUCCGCCUGCUUCGUAAUGCUCAAGAAGUGGCCGUGCUGGAGGCCGCCUCGUCCGAGGAGCUGGGUCGCUGGUUAGGGGUUCUACUGGCUGAGACUGGCUCCACCACAGACCCAGCCACCCUGCACUAUGACUACAUCGAUGUGGAGACAACCGCCAACGUCAUUCAACUGGCCAAACAGUCAUUUUGCUUCACCAGUAAGCGUGCUAUCUCUCCCAGUCCGUACCGGGAAAACCUGAUCAAUGGCUAUGCCUGUCCCUCUGGCAUGGCUCUGCACUACGACGAUGUGCCCAUUAAUGGAAUGUUGAAAGGAAAGAAGGGCGUAACAAGCAAUGGUGUCGGAUCGAAGCAGAAGAUGGAGCCAAAGAAUCAGCCCAAGAAGAACGGGGCCAGUGGCAUGAAUGGGACUUCUUCUGUGAAACGCAACACCUCCAAUGCGGAGCAAUGCAAGUACGGCAAGAACCGCGUGGAGGCUGAUGCCAAACGGCUGCAGGCCAAAGAGGAGGAGCUGAUGAAGAAGAAGCAGGCGAUCAGGAACCAUCUGACCCAGCUGAAAAAAGAGAGGAGAGACUUGCGCACUGCCAUGGAGGCUGCUGCCGGUAAACGCUCACAUGUGUCUCUGUCGGAGCAUCUAAAGAAGGUGGAGGACGAGUGCAGACAGAAGGAGGAGGAGCAGGUGAACCUGGAGCUGGAGCUGACGGAGGUGAACGAGAGUCUGAAGAAAGCCCUGAGUGGAGGGGUUACUCUGGGCCUCACCAUCGAACCCAAACUUGGUUCCUCCAGUCUUCAGUCUCCAGCAAUGAUGCGGCGAACACAGGAAUCCUCUCCAUUCUCCAGCUGUGACACCAGUGAUGCAGAGUCCUGCUCCCUGCCAGUCAACAGUGCUUCACUGCUCCGCCACCAGAAGAGUGGCCAGAAACUCUCACCAAUCCGAGGACAUGUUCUCAAGAAGGCCAAGGAAUGGGAGGAGAAGACUGGCACAUGAACAACCCCCCCCCCCCCCCCCCC